GGGUGACGCUCGCUCGGGACGGGCGGGCCCGGCCUGGCCCCGCCCCUCCGGCUCACGUGCGGCGGCGCCGUCAGGUGACUCGUGUCGUCUGACCGGAGCCACACUACCCCCCCUGCCGUCCUCAGCCAAUCAGCGCCCCGGAGCUCGGAGCUAGCCAAUCCGGGGCGGGCUGUGUGCUGUCGGGCUGCGUUGGCCGCGCAGCAGGAGGCCCGGGACGGGCGCUGGCGGCGGCGGGCGCGGGCGGACAUGGCGCUGCAGUUCGGCGGGGCGGGCGCAGCGGGCACGGCCGAGGAGCCGGCGUUGGUGGGGAGCAGCUUCGGGGCUGCGGACUCGUUCCCCAAGGACUUCGGCUACGGGGAGGAAGAGGAGGAGGCGGAGCUGGAGGGAGGCCCAGGGCCCGGCGGCGGCGCGGGCGGGCCGGGCGGCGGCGCGGGCGGGGCGGACUCCAAGCCGCGGAUCCUGCUCAUGGGGCUGCGGCGCAGCGGCAAGUCCUCGAUCCAGAAGGUGGUGUUUCACAAAAUGUCUCCCAAUGAGACUCUGUUCUUGGAAAGCACCAACAAGAUCUACAAAGAUGAUAUUUCCAACAGCUCGUUUGUGAAUUUCCAAAUAUGGGAUUUUCCUGGACAGAUGGACUUUUUUGAUCCAACAUUUGAUUAUGAGAUGAUCUUCAGAGGAACAGGUGCUCUAAUAUAUGUUAUUGAUGCCCAGGAUGACUACAUGGAAGCUUUAACAAGACUCCACAUUACAGUUUCAAAAGCCUACAAGGUCAACCCAGAAAUGAACUUUGAAGUUUUUAUUCAUAAAGUUGAUGGAUUAUCGGAUGACCAUAAAAUAGAAACUCAGAGGGAUAUUCAUCAGAGGGCUAAUGAUGACCUUACGGAUGCUGGGCUUGAAAAACUUCACCUUAGCUUUUAUUUGACCAGUAUCUAUGACCAUUCAAUAUUUGAAGCCUUCAGUAAAGUGGUCCAGAAGCUCAUUCCGCAACUGCCAACGCUGGAAAAUCUAUUAAAUAUCUUUAUAUCAAAUUCAGGCAUUGAAAAGGCUUUUCUCUUCGAUGUAGUCAGCAAAAUCUACAUUGCAACAGACAGUUCCCCUGUGGACAUGCAGUCAUAUGAGUUGUGCUGUGACAUGAUUGAUGUAGUGAUAGAUGUCUCCUGUAUAUAUGGGUUAAAGGAAGAUGGCACUGGAAGUGCCUAUGAUAAAGAGUCAACGGCAAUUAUCAAGCUCAAUAACACAACGGUCCUGUACUUACAAGAAGUAACAAAGUUUUUGGCAUUAGUUUGCAUUCUUAGAGAAGAGAGUUUUGAGCGCAAAGGUCUGAUAGACUACAAUUUUCAUUGCUUCCGCAAAGCCAUUCAUGAAGUCUUUGAAGUAGGUGUUGCCUCCCACAGGAUAUGCAACCAUCAACCAAGCGCCUCAAAUAUGAAAGCAGUGACUCACAAUGGCACACCCAGGAACGCAGUCUAGAGAACUAAGGACGUUGGACAGACUUGUCAGCUCUUCACUCUCAAGUUUUCUGGAACAAAAGAGGGGUAAUCUGAAAGCCUGAAGGAUGUUUUCACCGGAGAAGAGUGGCGCUAACUGGGGAACAGCAGCUUGUAACUCGCGUUGGACAACUGGAACUACUGUAAGAAUACGUUGAGGCCAGUGGAGUUAGAAAUGCCGGUUUGAAACCAGCUUUGUUACAUGUGCAGUGGUUUUUCAGUUUGGAGUCCUGUUUUAAUCGUCUGUCUCUGACUGAUUGCCCAGUCAAAACCUACAAAUUAUUGAGAUGAGUUGUGCGUGAAACACUGAAUAGUCACUUGCUCAACUUUUUUUUUUAAUUAAUCCGUAGACUAUCCACUUUUGUUGAAGUUUACCCUUUUGUAAUUAAAAAAAGUUAUUGUUCAGGCUUGUGAAACUCAGGCUUUUUGUUUGGUGAGGCUGGUCUCACAAAUCAUUCCAUAAAGUAGUUCUUGCUCUUGCUGGUGUGCUCAGAGUAUUCGUGUGAAUUCAGUACUUACUAAGUGGAUGGAAGGUAGAGCUCUGUUCUAGUGAUCCUAAGCUUGUUCGGAGAGCUGACCUGGAGCUUCAUUUUAAGAUUGUGAUACUUCGCUUUCAGACCAUGCUUCUCGGUACGCCCCCUUUGACCAAAGGGAAGCGUUAAAACCAGAAAUAAACUCCCUGCUCUCUUUUGCGAAAAUGUGGAUGUCAUAAAUCUGUGAUUAAUCCUAUUUACAACACAACCGCAUGGCUAACUAAACUCAAAUGCCUGCCAUCUCUUGGAAUAAAGCAACCAACCACUCUCAGCUCUUCCCAAGUGAAGAAAUGGCAAAGUAACUGACUUCUGAUGGUGGAUCUCCCUCUGCCCUCUGGCUGAUAAUCGAGACAGAUCCCAGGAAAAUGUCUGAGGAUGUUAUCCUUGCAUGGCAAUUAAAUAUCAGCGUGCCACAACCUACUAAUAAUACUGGAUAUUGAAAGUGCAUUGAUUCACUGUGGCAAACACCUUGUUUGUCACCAUGCAAUCUGAAUAGAAUAGUGUUUCCUGAUUUUUGUGAAUUCUGGCUUUCAUACUACGGGAAGUAUAUAUGAAUUGUUUUAAUCUAAUUUAUUGGUAUUAUUACUGCAGAUGUCAUACUGUACAUUGGCCUUGCUAUGCAGCAAGCUCAGCUACUGGCCUGUAAAGAUCUCGCCUCUUUUUACCCGUCCCUGUGCGUGUUCUGAAGCCACUGGACCAACUGACUAUACAAGCAGCACUAUAAAAGUUUCUGCAAGAAGAUCUGUAACUGCAAGCGAUCCCUGUGACUGAUAUAUUUAUGUGGUCAGAAAUAACCAUGGGGUUGCUUCUGUGCUUUUCGAAUGGAUUUUCAUUGAACCUAUGUAAAAAUGAAUAUACAUGCAUUAACAUUAGGGUGUAUGCACAUACCGUGUAAAUGUUUUUCCUUUGUCUUGAAGAUGUUGUAUGAUAUUAAAUAGAUAAAGGUUCUGCUGUUCUACAGUUAGCAGGAGACUCGGGAAUUCAAGUGCUCUGGUUCAGUUUUCUUAGUAACAGGUGCAGUUCUGAAGGCAGGCUGAGCUGCUUUGUCGUAACGGAGCUGCAGGGUUUUUUAAGGCAUCGCUGUGGGUUUGUAAGGCUGGGCUUGUAGCUGCAAGUCUGUCGCACUGUGGUUGUACCCGAGCUGGGAGGAGAAGGAGUCGGCCAGGCCGCGGCAAGGAAGGUCAUUCCCAUUUGUGCAGUGAGGUUUUCAUGUCCUGAGCACACGCAUACGUUCCUGUCUUUGUCUUCACUCUUUACAUGAUUUUGUGUUAAUAAAAUGGAAAAAGGUCAAACUGUAA